GCGCGUUCCCAUAAUGCCCCGCGACAGCCGCUAUGGAGGCCGGCAGGGCAGCUGUACUCCGAGUGAAGCGGAAGCGCAGCGCGGAGCCCGCCGAGGCGCUUGUACUUGCUUGUAAACGUCUCCGGGCCAGCGCCGACGAGUCGACCGCCCAAAAGACGCCCCCCGAGGGUCUGGAGAGAGCGGCGGAGAAUAAUGUCUUCCAGUUGGUGGCCACCGUGCGCUCCCAGGAGGAGCCAGUCCAGCCUCUCCUGCGGGAAGCCCUGCGCCCUUCCCAGAGCAGCCAGCAGCGUAUCCGCCGUGACCUCCGCGCGUCGGCUCGGGAGAUCCGGCAGGAGGGCCGCUACCGGGUGGUCUCCAGCCGCCGAUCCUUGGGGAUUCCCUCAAGUGGCCUGGCGUCCGAGGGCGCGCCUGGAAGUCCGGACGCUACCGAGGACGCCGGAUUCCAGCUGUUCGACCUGGUCCACGAAGAAAGAGACUCAGAGGCCGCCUCAGGAAUCUCACACAAGACCUCUGACCCGGAUGUGAUCCUCUGCAAUUCCGUAGAGUUGAUCCGUGAGCGGCUGACUAUAUCUGAGGAGGGGCCAAAGGCUGGGCAGCCGGAGGAGAAGGAAGACUAUGUGUAUGACAUUUACUACCUGGAGAUGGCCACUCCGGGAUGGAUUGAGAACAUCCUUUCUGUGCAGCCCUACAGCCAGGAGUGGGAGCUGGUGAAUGAUGACCAACAACCAGAGGACAUUUAUGAUGAUGAAGAUGAUGAGAACAGUGAGAAUAAUUGGCGCAAUGAAUACCCGGAGGAAGAGGACAGUGAUGGAGAUGAAGAUUCCAGGGGUUCUAGCAACAACCUAAGUGAAGAGGAGGGAGGAGGCCAUCGCAGACCACAGAUGUGGAGCAAAUACCCUUUGGAUGUGCAGAAGGAGUUUGGCUAUGACAGCGCUCAUGACCUAGAUUCAGACUGAUCAUCCUGUGAUAGCCACGAGGCUCUACCACAAGCCCUUGGGAGCUCUGCGACUACAGCAACCGCCACCUUAGCGGCUUCCUCUCGGAUUUCCUCACUUACCAGGGGGAAGGAAAAAGCCUAUCAAACAGCACGAUCCCACUGUAGUGAAAACUUGUGCUAAGGGAGUAUGUCUGUGCACUCAGAGCAGGGCCAUUUUGCUGCAAUGAAAAGUGACCCUGUGGCCCUCCAUUGGGGACUGAGCGGGGCCUGAUCAGAGGAUGUUCCUGGCAUUCCCUUUCUGAGGCUGAAGCCAGUGGGUGCAUCUGGAGGCUCUGUUUCAUCUGCAAUAAUAUUUGGCUUUCCCAUACCACCGCACCACCUGUGUCCAGUAAAGCCUGUUCCUUUUGAUAGAGGAAACUUAGGUGGGGCGCCAGUGGAUCCCUCAUAGCGCCCCAGACUGCACAGUAAUGGCCAUUCGGAAAGGACAGAGAAUCCACCUGGGCUGUGGAGGUUUAACAGCUGUGUCUACCUCCCUGCUUCCUGGCUCUGGUAAUGGUUGCGGAGAUUGGUCUUUUUGCAGUGCUGACAAGGGACAGAGUGUAUGUGUGAUCACUUUUCAGUAAAAACUAACUUUGAAUGUGUGAGUAAGUAAUUCCUUUGAAGUCUUAAAUCUGAGUAUCUUAGUGCUUUCCCUUGGUACUUUUUCUCUUCCCCCGUUCCCUCCACCACCCCACCAAAAAAGGGGGCAGGGGAGUAAGAUAGACCUUUCAGACACUAAGGGUUUCGGGCAAAUAAAAAGGCAAAUAUACUAUGAAUUUGGCUUUCCAUGGAGAAGUGUUUAUUCCUAGCAUUCGCCAAAAACAGCUGUGUAGUAGGCACUAUACAUGCGGCUGCUGAGUACUGCAGAUGUGAUCGGUACAACUGAGGGAUUGAAUUUUUAAUUUAACUAGUGCAUGUGGCUAGUGGCAACUGGACUGGACAGGGCAGAGCUAGGGAA